AUGAAACCAGAAGACAUAAAAGUACCGUUUCCGCCGCAAAUCAAUCCCAAAGAUAUCCUGGAAAAACGAAGGCAAAAUCGAGUAUCUUCAAAAAGUCCAAAUGCAUUCUUCAUUUAUCGUAUUGCAUAUUUGGAUCAGUUAAGGUUACAUAAACACCGAAUUAAAAUGACGGACAUGUCUGGUUAUGUCAGUGCAGCCUGGAAAAAAGAACCAUCUCAUGUUAAAGCAGAAUAUAAAGAACUUGCUCGUAAGGUUGGAAGAUUAGUUAUUGACGCAAGGCAACAAGCACUCAUCCAACGCACUACCUCUUCAACGAUUAACUCGCAACAAUCACACAUAAAACAACCUCCUCCUGCUCCAAUUCUUCUCGUGCCUCAGCAAUACACGAAUUUUUAUAGGAAUCACUCGUUUAAUAGUAAUCAACUUUCGACACCUUUGCCUGAUAAUAUGGCAAUUCCGAUUCUCAAUGAAGGACAUUGUCUUACCUUUGGUCAUUUUUCUGACGUUCAACAACAAUCGCAUUAUAACGAGUAUAACCAUCCUAAUGAUUUCAUCGAGGAAAAUAUUGGUGUAUGA